AUGAGGCCUACAGCCAAGAAGAGAGGGAAGCUGUCUCAGUGUUUCCAGCAGAGAGGGUCCCCGAGGAGAGAGCAAGCAGGGAAGUCAGGAGCCAAACUAUCUCACCUUGGGAUUGCUCAGCUCCAUGUUGGUGGGGUUGACCAAGCCAGUGCACAUGCGCUGCGCCCUACCCUCACACCCCUUCCCCUUCCUUUCUUUGCAGCCUGCCAGCUGGGCUUUUACAAGUCAGCCCCUGGCGACCAGCUGUGUGCGAAGUGCCCCCUGCACAGUCACUCGGAGAGCCAAGGCGCCCAGGUGUGCCGCUGUGACAGCAGCUACUACCGGGCAGCUCAGGACGCUCCGUCGGCAGCCUGCACCCGCCCCCCCUCUACUCCCGUGAACCUGAUCUCCAGUGUGAACGGCACUUCGGUGACGCUGGAGUGGGGCCCGCCACUGGACAAGGGAGGCCGAGCCGACAUCAUGUACAACGUGGUCUGCAGGCAUUGCCCAUGGGACCUGGGCCAGUGUGAGACGUGCAGCAACGGCAUCCGCUUCGUCCCUCAGCAGAUGAGCUUGGUGCAGGGGGGCCUCACCGUCACCAACCUCAUGGCCCACACGAACUACUCCUUCUGGGUGGAAGCCAUCAACGGGGUGUCCGACCUCAGCCUGGAGCCCAGGAGAUUCGCAGUGGCCAACAUCACCACAAACCAGGCAGCCCCCUCCCAGGUGAUGAUGAUCCGCCAGGAGAGCACAGGUCAGAACAGUGUCACGCUGCUGUGGCAAGAGCCCGACCAGCCCAACGGCAUCAUCCUGGAAUACGAGAUCAAGUACUACGAGAAGGACAAGGAAAUGCAGAGUUAUUCUACAUUGAAAUCCAGAGGCACCAGUGCUACUGUCUCUGGUCUCAAGCCAGCGACCCGCUACAUAUUCCAGGUCCGGGCGCGAACUUCUGCCGGCUGUGGAAGAUUCAGCCAGAUCGUGGAGGUGGAGACUGGGAAACCAGUUGCUCUCCGGUACGACACCAUGACAAUCGUCUGGAUAUGUCUGACCCUGAUAACUGGCCUCGUGAUGCUGCUGGUGGUUCUCAUCUGCAAGAAGAGGCACUGUGGUUACAGCAAAGCCUUCCAGGACUCGGAUGAGGAGAAGAUGCACUAUCAGAACGGCCAGGUGAAGUUCCCCGAGUCCAAGUUCUACGUGGACCCCCACACCUACGAGGACCCCUGCCAGGCCGUGCAUGAAUUCACACGAGAGAUCGAGGCCUCCCGGAUUAAGAUCGAGAAGAUCAUCGGGUCUGGAGAGUCUGGGGAGGUCUGCUACGGGCGUCUGAAACUGCCGGGCAAGAAGGAGAUUCCUGUGGCCAUCAAAGCUCUGAAAGCCGGUUACACGGAGAAGCAGAGACGGGACUUCCUGAGCGAGGCCAGCAUCAUGGCGCAGUUUGACCACCCCAACGUCAUCCACCUGGAGGGUGUUGUGACGAGGAGCAAAUUGGUAAUGAUUGUGACCGAGUACAUGGAGAACGGCUCACUGGAUUCCUUUCUCCGGAAACACGACGGGCAGUUCAACAUCAUCCAGCUGGUGGGCAUACUGCGAGGCAUCGGUGCCGGCAUGAGAUACCUCGCUGACCUGGGCUAUGUGCACCGAGACCUGGCAGCACGCAACAUCCUCGUAAACAGCAACCUGGUCUGCAAAGUGUCCGACUUCGGCCUGUCACGGAUCCUCGAGGAUGAUCCUGAUGCUGCCUACACGACUACGGGUGGAAAGAUCCCCAUUCGCUGGACAGCCCCCGAGGCCAUCACCUACCGCAAAUUUUCCUCCGCCAGCGAUGUGUGGAGCUACGGCAUCGUCAUGUGGGAGGUGCUGGCCUACGGCGAGCGGCCCUACUGGAACAUGACCAACAGAGACGUCAUUAACUCCGUCGAAGAGGGCUACCGCCUGCCUGCUCCCAUGGGCUGCCCCACAGCCUUGCACCAGCUCAUGCUGGACUGCUGGCAGAAAGACCGCAGCGAGAGACCCCGCUUCUCGCAGAUCGUCAGCAUCCUGGACAAGCUCAUCCGCAACCCAGAGAACCUGAAAUGCACGGCUACAGUGAACCGCUUCACCCAGACGCCCUUCGACAGAGGCAUCUUUGACUUCACACGCUGUGUGACAGUGGAGGACUGGCUGGAGUCCAUCAGGCUGGGGCGCUACCGGGAGAACUUCGUCAUGGCUGGGUACUCCUCCCUGGGGAUGGUGAUGCGAAUGGGCAUCGAGGACAUUCGCAGCCUGGGCAUCACCCCCAUGGGCCACCAGAAGAAGAUCCUGAGCAGCAUCCAGCUCAUGCGGUCGCAGCUGCUGAACACGAAUGGACGCAGGCGGGAUCUCUAGA